AUCCGUACCUCCUUGGCUAAUUUCUUAAAAACAAGAUACAUGUGAGCUAAUUUUAACUGAAAUUACCCUUCGCUUUUGCCAAUAAACGAAAGGUCACUGUUGUAAUUGGUCGAUCGAUCGCAGGAUUUGUAGGUCGCUCCUGAUCUUCAAUUCCAAGUUUAUUGGCGGACAGUUUCCUUGUUCAGAAGUUAACAAAAUGGACAUUAGGCGGGAAGACACCGCUGAAAGGAUGACGGAUGACCCUAGUGAUCUAAGGCGCAGUUCAGACUACAGAAGUAAUGGCCGCAGUAAGGAUUCCAGAGACCGCGACCUUGAACGUGACAUUGGCCGCGAGCUGAGCCGUUUUAGGGACAUCAGAUCAGACAGAGAUGAACGUCGAAGAAGUCCCGAUUUAAGGCGGGGUGAUGCAGCUGAUCCUUUUGGUCGCGAUAGGGAUUAUUACAAAGAAAGAGUUAGGGAUAAUGAGCAUGAUAAAGAGAGAAUUAGAGAUAGAUAUAGGUCUCAUGACAGAGAUCGCUAUGAUCGUGACAGCCGCAAUAACCAAGAUUGGGACAGAGACCGUUAUGAUCGUGAUCGCCAAGAUCGUCCUGGUGACUUUGAUGGUAGCAAAGAUUAUGGAAGGCUCAGAGAGCGAGACAAUGACAGGGAUCGUGACCGCGAUCGUGACCGUGAUCGGGACAGAGGCCAUGAUAGAGACCGUGACUGGGAUUUUGAUAACAGAGACAGAACAGGAUACUCCAGCAGGAAUUGGAAGAGGAAUGAUGGAUAUCACAGUGACGAACAUGACCGCAGUGACCGUGAUAGAGACUAUGGAGACAGGGAGCCUUUGCGUGGUAGAUACCACUCUCGUGACAGGGAUGGAGAUGACAGAAGACUGCUGGACAGCAGGCAGGAAGAACCGACCAGUGUUAUUAUUCUACAUGGGCUUGAUAAGGACUUCAGAGAAGAAGAUAUGAUAGAGGAGUUACAAAGGGAUGGUACAGACUUUUUGGAUCUUAGAGUGGUUCGCCACAGAAGUGGUAUUUCCAAGGGGUUUGGUUUUUUAGAGUUCAAAAGUGUUUCCGAUGCUCAGGACUGGAUGGAAAUUCACAAGGGGAGGUAUAAUGUCCAUGGACACAGAGUCUGUGCUGAUUACAGCAGACCUAAAGCUACCUCAAAUGUUGCAGAUAAGGACUGGAUUUGUAGUAAGUGUGGUGGUCAGAAUUUUUCCUCAAAGAGGCGUCUGUCAUGCUUCAAGUGUGGAGCACCAAAGGAGAACAGUAUUGCUGAUUUGGGGGAUGAUAAGGAAGUUUCAAAUAAUCCAUGUAAAGUACUUAUUCUGAGGGGCUUGGAUACUAUCACUAAUGAUGAAGCGAUACGAAAAGCCCUUGUGGAAAUCACAGCUCUUCCUGUCUAUGAUGUUCGUCUCAUUAGAGAUAAAUUAACCAACACAUCUAGAGGAUUCUGUUUUGUCGAGCUUGGUUCAGUUGAGGAAGCAAGUCAGUUAUUGGAAAUCAUCACCAACAUGCACCCCCCUUUUACUAUUGAUGGUAGAAUUGUUACGGCAUCUUAUGCCCAUCAUGAUAAUCCACCAAAAACUACCACAGCUUCGGCAGCAUCAGCAGCCAUUGAACAGGCACAGUGGUCACAGACUGCCAUUGGAUCCCAGCCUCAGGUUUCCUCAAGUACUGUUGCUGCCAAUGCCAUGGCUCAAGCACAGGCUGCUGGCACCAUGGGUACAGUGACAGCUGCUACUCAACAGACAUAUGAUGCAAAGGUUACAACCCAGCAGCAACAGAACCAACAACAGCCUGUGGCAGGUACAGGGACAACUGAUCAAGCCCAAGGUGGCACUGCACAGUACCAACAACAAACUCAAGCUCAAGCUCAGGGGGAUUCAACACAGUCACAGCAGCCACAGGCCUUUGCUUCAUCACCAUCAUUUGCAAACUAUGUUUAUGACCCAGCCUCUGGUUACUAUUAUAAUUCGACAACAGGGUUAUAUUACGACGCAAAUACUCAGUAUUAUUACAACAGUGCUACUGGACAGUAUCUAUAUUGGAAUGGUGAAACACAGCAAUAUGUCCCAGUGGCUGCUGAUGGGACCAUCGUCACAUCAGGCUCUAGUACCACUGAAACUCUCACUAGCAGCGAAGCAGCAUCAGUCAAAGAAAAGCAGAAAAAAGCAAAAUCACUGCAAGCUAAAAAGAUUGCAAAAGACAUGGAGAGAUGGGCGAAGUCUGUGAAUGCAGCAAAGACCCAAGUUGAUGAUUCCAAGAAAGGAUCUUUUGUUCCUGUGUCAAAACCAGAGGAACCUAAACCUGACACAGAUGUGUUUAAAAUGCCAUUUGGACCUCCCCCUAAAAUUUCGACCUCACUAAACAUAGCCAAGAGCAUUGCAGCUGGAAUGCCAGCGGAAGUUAAUGAUAAUGUGGCAGCGUCCAGUCCUUUGGCGGCCUUAAGCAUGGUCCAAGACACCAAGAGAACAGAGCCAUCAAAAAGUGCUAUUGUCGCUGAAUAUGGCGAGGAUGACUCAGAUCCUGAAGAUGAUGUCAACGAUAAAUUUGCUGACUUGAGUAUCAUGGCGUGUUUGCUUUGCAAACGACAGUUCCCGAAUAAAGAAGCUCUGGAAAGACAUCAGAAAUUUUCUGACUUGCACAAGCAAAACUUGGAGAUUCACAAAAAGAUGGGAAUGAGUGAUGAACAGCUUGAAGCGUACGAGAAACAGGAGCGAGAGAACAAGUAUCGUGACAGAGCAAGAGAAAGAAGAGAGAAGUAUGGACAGCCCGAAGCACAGAAAGUUCGGCUGCCUUCCAAGCGAAGAGGAGGAGUAGGAGGGGGAGCAAUAUCGUUUGAGCCUCCGGCUGAGCGGAUUGGUGGGGAAAAUAUCGGUAAUCAGAUGUUAAAGGCCAUGGGCUGGACAGAGGGGAGUGGUCUGGGUAGAGAAGGACAAGGCAUCGUUGACCCCAUUGAGGCCAAAAUGAGAAGCCAAAAUGCCGGACUCGGUUUGAAGGGAAGCAGCUAUGGCGCAUCGUCUUCAGAUACUUACCAACAAAAACUAAAGAAGCUGGCAAGGUCACGCUUUAACGAUGUUUGAAGAGCACUGUGAUGCGUCCGUUUGGAGCAACAACUGGUUCUGGACACAGAAUAAGUUCACUGAUGGACCAAAAAUGGAAAAAAGUCUAACAUGUUGAACUCUGGCCGAUAGAAAAUGAUAGAUAUCCGUCCAUAGUGUCUAGGCCAUCGUUAAAACUGUCUCUUUUUCGCAUUCUAAGCGAUAAAAAGUCUGUUUUACCCGAAGAGCGUCUUUUAAGCAAUCAACAAAAUGGAGCCUGAUUUCCAGUUAAGAAAUAUGGACGUUUCUGGUCCAAACACUAGAUGAUGACAUUUGCUAUCCUUCAUCGAUCGAUCUAAGUUCAGUGCUCCAAGCUGCGACUUUUAUGGUCAUCCUGGCGACUGGCAGAAAAAAUUUGGCGACUAAAAUUUCAGUGAGAUUCACCAAACUGGCGAUCUAUGUGCGGCGGUCAAAGGGCAAGCUGUACAUUUUAUAUGUUUUCAUUCAUUAAUUAUGUAACGUUAAGUUAUGGUGAGGUACAAAUUUCUAUGAAAUAUUACUAACGCUCUGUAGUUGUCGUUCUCUCCUCGUUUGGGCGAGUGGUAAGUCUUGAAAUGAGGCCAGAGCUUUUAAAAACGAUUGCCAGCUAUUUUCGUCUAAAAAUUUUUUCAAGCGACCAUUUCCUGAUUUUCGGUCGUUAAAUGGCGACUUUAAAAUAACUUUAAGCUUGGAGCGCUGCAAAAUGUGUACAAACAGAUGUUUUGCCUAUGAUCGUGUGGCUUGUGAAGCAAUAGUUAUCAACCAAAACCUUAGAGAGACCUAGUUUUGCAUAUGAGUACAGUACCUUUGAUCCGUUUAUAGAGUAACAUGGAACUCCUACGAAAUAUUCUACCCUUUAGGCAUGUUGGGAGACACCAUUUACUAUCUCAAAUAAAAGAUAUUAACGCAA